AAACCUUAGUUUUUCCCUUCUGGUUUUCCAUUGCUCUGUUUUGACUUAGAAAACAUACCACCCAAACCAAAAAGAUUAAGCUUUCUCAGCUUCUUUAAAUCAAUUGAAACAUCCCAGAACAAUGGCAAAACAGAAUCCAGAAAGCCAUGAACAGCCGCGUGAAGAUUUCACACUCAAGGAGACUUCACCAGACAUCAGCAGGCGCAGAGUUUCAGUCGGACCCACCACCUCUUUCGACCUCGUGGAACACAUGAACUUUCUGUACGUGAAGGUGGUGAAAGCCAGAAACCUGAGAGCAAAUUCAAGUCCUUGCGUGGAAUUGACGAUUGGAAACUACAGAGGAACAACUCAGCAGCAGCAGAACAUGGUUGCGAACCCAAACCCAGAAUGGAACCAAGUGUUUGCGUUCAACAAAGAGAUAAUUCAGGACACAGAUGUGCGGAUUUUGGUCAAGGAUAUGAAACCUAUUGUUCCUCCUAAUGUUCCUCCUCCUGGUGAUGAUAUCCUUGGCCUGUUAGUGUUUGAAAUCGCAGAGGUUCCAACAAGGACGCCGCCGGAUAGUUCAUUGGCGCCGCAAUGGUAUAGACUGGAGGAUUCGAAAGGGGUCAAGUUUGGAGGAGAGAUGAUGCUGUCUCUCUGGAUGGGGACUCAAGCAGAUGAAGCAUUUUCCGAUGCCUGGCAUUCCGAUGCAGCAAUGGUUAACGGCGAAGGUGUUUUCAGUACACGUUCCAAGGUGUAUAUGUCUCCUAAGCUUUGGUAUCUCAGAGUCAAUAUUAUAGAAGCUCAGGAUUUGAUCAUUCUUGAUAAGAACAGGAAGCCAAAUGUUCUUGUGAAAGCUAUGCUAGGGAAUCUUGUUUUGAGCAGCAAAGUUUCCAAGACUAAGAGUGCGAAUCCAAUGUGGAAUGAGGAUUUGAUGUUCGUUGCGGCUGAGCCAUUUGAUGAGCCUUUGCUUUUGAGGGUGGAGGAUAGGGUAGAAGUGCCGAACAAGAAAGAUGAAUGCCUGGGAAGGUGUUCGAUUUCUUUAAAAACCGUACACAAGCGGCCUGAUGCUGCUCCGGGUCCCAACAUUUGGUACAAUCUUGAGAGGCCUGAAAUGGUUUUGGAAGGUGAAGAGGAAAAAGUGAAGUUUGCUAGUAAGCUUCAUAUGAGGAUUUCUUUGGAUGGUGGGUAUCACGUUCUUGAUGAACCUACAUAUUAUACUAGUGAUUUGAGGCCAACAAUAAAGAGUCUUUGGAAACCAGCCAUUGGGGUUUUGGAACUUGGCAUUUUGAAUGCAUCUGGUUUGUUGCCGAUGAAGCCAAAUGAAAAUCGUACGGAUGCCUAUUGUGUGGCUAAAUAUGGGCAUAAGUGGGUGAGGACAAGGACAAUUGCUAAUAGUUUUGCACCAAAAUGGAAUGAGCAAUACACUUGGGAAGUCUUUGAUCCUUGUACAGUCAUUACAAUUGGAGUCUUUGAUAACAGUAACAUUAGAGUACCUCAAGAAGCAGCAGCAGCAGCAAUGGAUUCGAGAAUUGGGAAGGUGAGAAUCAGGCUAUCGACGCUGGAGUUGGAUAGGACAUACACGCAUUCUUACCCACUUGUGGCUCUGCAACCAUCUGGGGUGAAGAAGAUGGGAGAGAUCCAAUUGGCAGUGAGAUUUUCUUGUGGAACUUGGUGGCAUGUGUUGCAAACUUACUUACGGCCUGUACUCCCUGCGAUGCAUUACAUCCUUCCACUAUCUGUAUUUCAGCUUGAUAGUCUGAGGCACCAGGCUUCCUUCAUUACUGCGUUGAGGUUGAGCCUCGCCGAGCCACCAUUGAGGAAAGAAGUUGUGGAUUAUAUGCUGGAUGCAGAUGUAAACCUGUGGAGCACAAGGAGAGGCAAAGCCAAUUUUUACAGGGUCAGCAAGCUAUUCAAUGGACUGGUUAUGUUUAUGAAAUGGUUUGAUCAAAUACAGAAAUGGACUAAUCCAUAUUCCACUGUUUUAGUUUUCUGUGUGUACUUGAUAUUUCUUUUGUAUCCACAUCUUAUAUUACAAACAUCGCUGCUAUAUUUGACUUUGGUUGGGGUGUAUAGAUAUAGAAAGAGGCCAAGGAAUCCGCCUCACAUGGACACCGAACUUUCUCAUGCCUACACCGUGAGUUUAGAUGAAUUGGACGAAGAGUUCGAUUCAUUCCCAUCGAGGAAGAGCAACGAAAUUUUGAGAAUGAGAUAUGAUAGAUUAAGAAGCUUUGCGGGGAGGAUACAAUCUGUUCUUGGUGACAUAGCAACUCAAGGGGAGAGAGUUGAGUCUCUUCUGAGCUGGAGGGAUCCAAGAGCCACAUUUUUGUUUGUGGGCUUCUGUGCGCUGGUAUCAGUUGUGGUUUAUUUGUUUCCUUUUAGAGUGAUAGCCUUUGUUGGUGGUUUGUAUGUGUUUAGGCCUCCUAUUUGGCGUAUUAAAAUACCUUCUUUUCCCCAAAACUUUCUUAGGAGAAUGCCCGCAAAAACAGAUUGCAUGCUAUGAAAAACAGUUUUUU